AAAAGACACCCACAUCUCACAUCCCACCCUUCACACUAACCUUUGGCACAAACACACACCCAUCUCCUCCAUCCUUAUUCUCCACAACUCUAGCUACCUGAGCACAAAUUUGUAGCCAUGUUGGGGAAGAGGCCCCAGCCGCGGAUUGGAAAAAUCUCCGAAUUAUUGGUCUCCGGCGACUGCACCACCAAGCUUUUUGAUGCCCUCGGAAGAAGCCCUAGAAGCCCGUUUGACAUGAUGAACUUGAAGAUGCAAUCACCAAAGGGUCUUAAAAGCUAUGACCUUGGUGGUGUAGGUCUAGGAAUUGUGGUGGCCCUUGAUAAAAAAUCAUCAUCCGAGGAACAAGGCCAUGACGUUGUGCCCAAACACGCCGUUAUUUGCACAUCAAAUUCAAACCGAUCCGUACCAAUCCCAGUUAAAAACCAUCAUGGGUUUCAAAAGGGUGUGAAUGAAAUUCCCGUUGGAAGCUCCGAGGAUUACACGUUUGUGACAUACCAUGUACCUAACAACAAGACCAUCACUAAGGUUUAUUAUGAUGGCGGUGAACGUGGAAUUCUAACACAUGGCUGCUAUAAUAUUAACAACAACAACAACAACAACGUUGGUGUUGGUGGUGUUAGAAGAAUCCCACCAACGCAAACUUUAAAUAUUGAAGAAGAUGAACCGUCAUAUCCCACCUCGGAUUUUCUCAGCUCGUGUCACUUGUGCCGAAAGAAUCUCCAUGGCAAAGACAUUUACAUGUACAGAGGAGAAAAAGCAUUUUGUAGCAACGAGUGUCGUUCAAGGCAAAUAUCAAUGGACGAUGAACGCAAGGAACGGUGUAGAUCAGAAGCUUCAAGGUCUGUGGAGAUGUCAAGUUCACCAUAUACAGCAAGGGACCAAAUGUUUUCAACUGGGAUUGUGGCCCUUUAGCGUUUAAUUUCUGUCUCUGGUAGAGACUCAUAUAUACUUUGAAUUCACAUCAUAUAAGGCUAUGUAUGUAAAAGAAAAUUAAGAAAUCUUAGUGGUGUAACCAUAGAAAAUUUUUUGAUCGAAAAAGUAGUAGAGAUUUUGAUUUAGUUGAAUACUAAUAAGAGCUUUCUUUCUUCUUCUUCUUGUAUCUCAGAAAAUUAUAAAUUUGCGAUUUCAAUUGCAGAUUUAGUUUGUUCUGUUUCCUUC